AUGACGGACGAAAAGCACUCGGACGCUGCCUCCAGCAGCUCUUCAGGCCCUAAGCAUGCCGCCGCCGACCCCCUCCACACGACAACCCUCGCCGAGGUCGUUCCCGUCGAGCGAUCUUCGAAUCCGUUCAAACGGGUAUACGCCAUGCCUGUCGUGCAGGUCGCUCUAGUCGGAAUGGUCUGCUUCCUUUGCCCCGGAAUGUUCAACGCAAUCAGUGGCAUAGGAGGAGGAGGACAGGUCAAUUCGGAAGCCUCCAACAAGGCCGCCAUUGCGCUUUACUCGACCUUCGCCGCGGUAUCCUUCUUUGCCGGUACGAUUCACAACAAGCUCGGAUCGCGUCUUACUCUUGGCAUUGGCGCACUCGGCUACUGUCUCUACAUCGGUUCCUUCCUGUCCUACAACAUCAACCAGAACGAGGGCUUCGUUGUAGCUUCCGGCGCUAUCCUAGGUGUAUGCGCUUCGCUGCUCUGGACCGCCCAGGGCGCUCUCAUGCUCGCCUACCCCACCGAAUCCCAAAAGGGCACCUUUAUCAGCGUCUUCUGGGUCAUUUUCAACUUGGGAGCCGUCCUGGGCUCUGCUAUCGAGCUUGGCCUUACCUACAACUCGACCGCCAAUACGGUCUCCAACGGCACCUAUGCUGCCUUCAUCGUGCUCACCGGUCUCGGUGCCUUUGUCUCGGCCAUGCUCAUGAACCCGGCCAAGAUGGUUCGAGAUGACGGCACGCGUGUGCUCGUCCCCAGCCAGACCACCUGGGCCAAAGAGCUCAAGGGUCUCUUUAUCCUGCUCAAGGCCGACCCCUGGGUGAUGCUCAUGUUCCCUAUGUUCCUCGCGUCCAACUGGUUCUACACCUGGCAGUUCAACGACUACAACGGCGUCCUCUUUACGCUCCGCACGCGCUCACUCAACAACCUCCUCUACUGGCUCAGCCAGAUGGUCGGCAGCCUCGCCAUCGGCCAGAUCCUUGACAACAAGCGCAUGUCGCGCAGGUCGCGCGCCUGGAUCGGCUGGUCAGUCGUAUUUGUCGUCAUGUGGGCCGUAUGGGGCGGCUCGUACGACGUGCAAAAGACCUAUACGCGUGCCUCCAUCGACGCCGAGACCAAGCGCAUCGACUUCAAGGACGGCGGCAAGUACGUCGGCUACGUCUUCCUCUACAUCUUUUCGGGCGUUCUCGACGCCAUCUGGCAGAACCUCGCAUACUGGCUCAUCGGCGCCUGCUCCAACGAUCUGUCCAAGCUCGGUUACCUCGCCGGAUUCUACAAGUCGAUGCAGUCGGCAGGUGCGGCGGGCGCGUUUGCCAUGGACAACGACAAGCACCCCUUCAUGACCAACCUCGCCGUCACGUGGGGCCUAUGUGCGGCCGGAAUGAUCUUCGUCAUCCCCGUCAUUGCGCUGCGCGUCACAGAGCACACUGACCCCCUGCAGGAGGUCACCGUGCCUGGCCGCGCCGAAGAGAUCGCUGCCGUCGACAACGAGCUCUCGGCCACAGCGGUCGUUGACAAGCACCACUGA